AUGGUACAAGGCAAUGAUACACGAACUUCAGAAUUUGUUCUUCUGGGACUUUCAGAGGAACCAGCACUGCAGCCCCUCAUAUUUGGGCUUUUCCUCUCCAUGUACCUAAUCACUGUGUUGGGAAACCUGCUCAUCAUCCUGGCCGUCAGCUCAGACUCCCACCUCCACACACCCAUGUACUUCUUCCUCUCCAACCUGUCCUUGGUAGACAUCUGUUUCACCUCCACCACCGUCCCAAAGAUGCUGUGGAACAUCCAGACACAGAGCAAAGUCAUCACCUAUGAAGACUGCAUCACACAGAUGUAUUUUUUCAUACUCUUUGCAGGGUUGGACGUCCUCCUCUUGACCGUGAUGGCCUAUGACCGCUUUGUGGCCAUCUGUCACCCCCUGCACUACACAGUCAUCAUGAACCCCCGGCUCUGUGGACUUCUGGUUCUGGUGCCCUGGAUCAUGUGUAUCCUGAAUUCCCUGUUACAAAGUUUAGUGGUAUUGAGGCUGUCUUUCUGUCCAAACUUGGAAAUCCACCACUUUUUCUGUGAACUUAAACAGGUGGUCCAACUUGCCUGUUCUGACACCUUUCUUAAUAACAUGGUGAUGUAUUUUGGAGUUGGGCUGAUGGGUGGUUGUCCCCUGGCCGGUAUCAUUUACUCUUACUCUAAGAUAGUGUCCUCCAUAUGUGCAAUCUCAUCAACUGAGGGGAAGUAUAAGGCAUUUUCUACCUGUGCAUCUCACCUCUCCAUUGUCUCCUUAUUUUAUGGUACAAGUGCAGGAGUGUACUUUAGCUCUGCUGCUGCCCACACCUCACACUCAAGUGCAACAGCCUCAGUGAUGUACACUGUGGUCACACCCAUGCUGAACCCCUUUAUCUACAGUCUCAGGAACAAAGACAUAAAGAGGGCCCUGAAAAGAUUCGUUGGGGUGGUAGUUAUAAAAAGACCAAUCAUCCUGGGGCUGAAAAAGUGCCCAUGA